UUAGAGCUUCUCUCUGAAAGAGCGGGUUUAGGAAUAUGGUUUGACUUUGAGUUCUCUCCUACAAGGAAGAGUUAAGGAAAGCCAAGUUGAGAAGUCAGAGAGAUACCAAAGAGAGAAGACUGAGAAGACGAUUGAUUACAAGAUGAGGAUCACUGUCAUGACCACCGGUGAACAAAUCAUCACUCUCGACGUCGAUUCCCAUGAAUCCGUUGAGAAUGUUAAAGCCUUGCUCGAAGUUGAGGCGAAUGUUCCCAUUCAGCAGCAGCAGCUCUUGUACAACGGAAACGAGAUGAGGAACUCAGAUAAAUUGAGUGCCUUGGGUGUUAAGGAUGAUGAUUUGUUGAUGAUGAUGGUUUCCAAUGCCUCAUCUGGUAGUAGUGCGGCAAGGAGUGAUUUGGGGAUGAAUCCUGAUGGGUCAGCUUUGAAUCCUGCAGCCUUUCAACAACAUAUUAGGGGUGAUGCUAAUCUCAUGGGACAGUUAUUUCAGACAGAUCCUGAGCUUGCACAAGUGAUUACUGGGACCGAUUUAAAUAAGUUACAGGAUGUUUUGCGUUCAAGGCAUCAGCAGCGAUCUGUAGUUCAGCGUCAGAAGGAGGAGGAACUCGCUCUUCUGUAUGCAGACCCUUUUGAUGUUGAAGCACAGAAGAAAAUCGAAGCUGCAAUCCGACAGAAAGGAAUCGAUGAGAACUGGGAAGCUGCCCUAGAACAUAACCCUGAAGGUUUUGCCAGAGUGAUAAUGCUGUAUGUGGAUAUGGAGGUCAAUGGGGUUCCUCUAAAGGCUUUUGUUGAUAGUGGUGCACAAUCCACAAUUAUAUCCAAGAGUUGUGCUGAGAGAUGCGGGUUGCUGAGACUCAUGGAUCAACGGUAUAAAGGUAUUGCUCAGGGUGUUGGCCAAACAGAGAUAUUAGGCCGCAUUCAUGUCGCUCCAAUCAAGAUUGGGAAUAACUUUUAUCCGUGUUCAUUCGUGGUGCUGGACUCACCUAACAUGGAGUUCCUUUUUGGCCUGGAUAUGUUGCGUAAGCAUCAGUGCACUAUUGAUUUGAAGGAUAACGUCCUGACUGUUGGAGGAGGAGAGGUCUCUGUUCCUUUUUUGCAAGAGAAAGACCUCCCUUCUAGAUUCUUGGAUGAAGAACGUGUUCCGAAUCAAGCUUCUAGCUCUGGAGCAGCGGUUCCUUCUGGGUUCACAGAGAAGAAGAGUAACACAGUUGCAAGCCCAGCGAGUCAACCUUCAAGAUCAGAGGGACCUGAGUUUGAUGCCAAGAUUGCAAAGCUUGUGGAGUUAGGCUUCUCCAGAGAAGCAGUGGUACAAGCUCUGAGAUUGUUUGAAGGAAACGAAGAACAAGCUGCUGGGUUUCUCUUUGGCGGCUGAAGAUUUAAACAAUAAUCAUUUGGUCAACAUUUACCAAAUGCCAACGAACUGUGAUUUAAAGAGACUCUUUUUUUUUCAUUUGCCCUUUUUUGUAUUUUAAUAGCUCUUCUUUACAGAACAUAGGAAUGGUGUCUUCAAGACAUCUCUCAUGUUGUUGUUGAUGCUAUUGAGUAAGACUCAGGGUUUUAUAGAAAUGGAAUUGUGUUUGAUUUAUCA